AUCAACGUGGACGCUUCGAAGGCGGUAUGAGAAGUUUCAAUAGCUGAUGUUUCUUCACCAAAACUUUCUUGAAAAUACCUGAUUUUCAAAAUGUUAGUUUUAUUCGAGUCUCCUGCAGGUUACGCUGUGUUCAAGCUUCUUGAUGAGAAGAAACUCAAUCAAGUUGACAAUCUCUACAAAGAUUUUGCAAAUCCGGAGGGAGCAAGUAGAAUAGUGAAGCUAAAACAGUUUGAGAAAUUUCAAGACACAACAGAAGCUCUCGCAGCUGCAACUGCUGCAAUUGAAGGCAAACUCAACAGAAGUCUCAAGAAAAUCCUCAAGAAAAUCGUUGCCAAAGAUGCCCACACCAAACUCGCUGUGGCUGACGCCAAACUUGGCGGAAUCAUCAAGGACAAACUUGAGCUCACAUGUGUUCACGACUCAUCGAUCGCCGAGUUGAUGCGAGGAAUUCGUUCACAGUUCAGCAACCUGGUACCUGGACUCCCCGAGAGAGAACUGACUGCAAUGACACUUGGUCUGGCUCACAGUCUAUCACGCUACAAGCUUAAAUUCAGCCCCGACAAGGUGGACACAAUGAUAGUGCAAGCAAUAUCACUUCUCGACGACUUGGACAAAGAACUGAAUAACUACAUCAUGAGGUGUCGGGAAUGGUACGGAUGGCAUUUUCCGGAACUAGGAAAGCUCGUCCAAGAUAAUCUGGCCUUUGCCAAGAUUGUCAAAUUAUUGGGUGACAGGACAAAAGCAGCCACCCUCGACAUGUCAGAAAUCCUCCCUGAGGAAUUAGAAGAGCAGGUGAAACUAGCUGCAGAGAUCUCCAUGGGAACAGAAAUAUCUGAAGCAGACAUCAUGAAUAUUCAUUAUCUAUGUGAACAGGUCAUAGAGAUCACAGAGUACAGAGCACAGUUAUACGACUACCUAAAAAACAGAAUGCAAGCCAUCGCACCAAACCUAACGACCUUAGUCGGUGAACUUGUGGGUGCAAGACUCAUAUCUCAUGCAGGUUCUCUGAUGAAUCUAGCGAAGCAUCCUGCCUCGACAGUUCAGAUCUUGGGGGCAGAGAAGGCGUUAUUUAGAGCUCUUAAGACAAAGAAAGACACACCCAAAUAUGGUCUGAUUUAUCAUGCAUCAAUAGUUGGACAGACGGCCCAGAAGAACAAAGGAAAGUUGUCUAGAAUGCUUGCUGCUAAGGCUUCCCUUGCAAUACGAGUGGAUGCUUUGGGUGAAGAUAAUGAUCUAGAGAUCGGUAUUCAGAGUAGAGCCAAGAUUGAGGCCAGGCUAAGACAACUGGAGAGUGGAAUGACACAUCGUAUCAGUGGAACUGCAAAGGGAAAAGCCAGAGCAGACAAAUACGAGAACAAGAGUGAAAUCCGCACCUACAACCCCGCCCAGGACUCCACCCUCCCCUCGGCGCAGAAGAAGCGAAAAUUCGACGAAGAUUCGGACGAAGACGAGCAAAAGCCAGUCGUGUCAAAAAGAGUGAAAGUCGAACCCGAGGAGAAUGGCGACGACGAGGAAACAGAAAAAAAGAAAAAGAAGAAGAAGAGAAAGUCCGCUGUGAAAGAAGAGGUUAAAUCAGAGCCAGAAGACGAUGAGGAAGAGACAGGGAAAAAACACAAGAAGAAGAAACCGAAAAAAACAAGCGAAGACGCUGAAUCUGCCGAAGAAACGCCAGUAACUCCAUCAUCAGAAAAGAAAAAGAAGAAGAAAAAGAAGAGACCCUCAGAAGGAGGGGAUGAGUCUAUCUCUGAACCCAAAACGCCGGGAUCAGAAAAGAAGAAGAAAAAGAAGCGUGAGAGUCUGUGAGGUAAAUCUCUUGGUAUUCUCUGCUGCUGCUUCUAUUUGUAUUCCAUCAAGAAAAUUGAUCUUCUUCAGCACUGUACUCCGUCACCCGAGCAUCAUGCAUUGUAGUAAAGUUUUCUAAUUGAUUUGCUCAACCUUACUUUCAAGCAAGUCGUAACGUUGUUUGAACUGGGCCCAAUUUCAUAGAGCUGCUUAAAAUGUUAGUUACUGAGGUGCUGUUGUUUUUGAGAAAUAAGUAAAACAAUGUCACAAAAAUAAUUUAACUAGUUAUGGUAUGUUAUGGUAUAAAAGCAUUAACUGAUUAAUACGUUUUUUUACAUGCUUAAUAAUUUCUCACUGAGACGAAGAUCAUUUGUGACUUGUUUCUCUCAUUUCUCAAAAAGCUACAGCA